CACAUUUUGUCACCUUAAUGGCGCAUAUUAGUUCAAUGGAAGUGCAAAACCCAGUCAUAAAUAGCGGCAACACUAUUAAAGAAUUUAUAGAGACAGCUUCAAUGUUCAAAGUGACUGCAAUUCAAUGGCUUACCCCAGGAAAAGAAUCCACGCUAUACCCAUUCGUCGUGGCCCAGACGGCAGUGCUUUUCAAAAAUGUGAAAGCUGUGGCCUUUCAGUGGCAAUUGCUCUGGCUGACAUGCAUGAAUGUGGGGCGAGAAGGGCUGUCAAGAAGGCCAAAAUUCAAUGCGAGGGCAAAACCAGGAAAGAACCGACUAAAAAUGGCGAAGAAAUGAGGUUUCAAGGCCAACCCAGAUCAGCAUUUCGGUUAUUUAUGGAGGAGUUUGUGAAGAAAUGCAAAGAUGGGAAUGAAAUUGAUGUUGAUAGGGGAGGGUUUGAAACAUGGAGAUGUAUGUCAAAAAAGGAGAGGCAACCCUAUGAGCUUCAAGCUCGAAAGAUCUGUUCAGCUUACUGGGAAUGCUUAAUCAUGGAGGAGAAUAAUAUGCCACUGGUGGACGAUGAGGCUGAUUCAGCCGAGGUUGGCAAGUAUGAUAAGAGCUAUAAAGAUUACAUGUGUUCUGAUGAUUAUGACGAUUCUGGUGAAUUCUUGAACUUUUAUUCAGAUGAAAGUGAAGGCCUCAACUCCCAUUUAAAAUGGUACAUAGAAUUUCUCCUCCAACUCUCCUUCUACACAAAUCUUCAGAUUUAUCUGCACUUCUGCUAUCAACAAACGCAGUUAAACUUGGCUUUCUGAAAUAGGAGAUUGAAGAACGCGUGGUUGUUUCGUUGAGAAAUCUGAUUCUUGAAGGUGGUUUUAUUCUGUUAUUCACACUGCAGCAUGGCCAUCUGGAAUGGCAGAUUUAUCAGUUUGAACAGAGUUUAAGCAGUGGAAACUAUGGUAUGAUAUGGGCAAGUCAUUUUGGCUGUUGUAAGUAGUAGUUAGAGAUAGGACAUUUGACUUGGCAUUGAGCCUUCAUUUGAUGUAUUUUGUAAGUAAUUGAAUGAUGUGUUCUGUCUGAUUUUGUUGAUUAUUAACCACAGGCAAUUAA